CGGGGACUAAAACCUGGCUUCCGGGUAUGUCCGGUGUUGAUAACGACAGCUGCAAAUGCUAAUGUUAGUUUCACCGCAACAUACUCGACAGACUGACACAAUUCAAACUAAGGAGUUGGAGACUACGGUUCCUAAAAGAGUGGAGGAGCCAUGCCUUUCCUCCACGGGUUCCGAAGAAUCAUUUAUGAGUAUCAGCCACUGGUGGAUGCUGUAAUGAGCGUGGUCGGGCCGGAAGAAGGGGACAGAAGUCCAGAAGAACAGAAAGGUCUGUACAGUUCUCUGGUGGAGCUGCUAGAGCGCGAGUCCCAGUCCGAAGUAUUCAUGGCAGGGGUCAGCUAUUCCCUGUUUAAAGUGGCAGAACGUGGGCUGGUGCAUGCCGCUCGAGUUCUUCUACAGUACAGAGCAGACCUUAACUUUGAGGACCCAGUGUCUUACUAUAAUCCACUGCAUAUAGCAGUUCUGAGGAACAGAUCAAACAUGGUGAAACUUCUGGUCGAGCACGGAGCUGACAUUGAAAAAAGGGACAGGAUUCAUCAGAGCAGUCCAUUGGAUCUGGCAAGUGAAGAGUCAGAUCGUCUGCCCUGCCUUCUCAUGCUGCUGGACCUUGGUGCUGAUGUGAACGCAAGGGAUAAAAGAGGAAAAACCCCUUUGCUGCAUGCCUUGGCAAGCAGUGAUGGCCUCACUGUGAACAACACAGAGAACAUCCAGCUUUUACUUGAAAGAGGUGCUGACGUCAACGCUGCUACUGUAGACGGUGAAACGGUUGAGUCGUCCUUGGUGUUUCUGGUCAAGGAGGCGCUUGAUGCCACACCCGAAGAUGCAGCAGCGAUUGGAAAAUUCUGCCUAAAGACAACAGAGUUACUGCUGGCUCAUGGUGUGGAUCCCAGCUGUGAUCUAAAUGAUGACGAGUCCACUCUGACCCAAACAAGUCUGGAGCACUUUGACCUGCUCUUCCCUCUUGCUGUGCUCAUCAUCCAAAGCGGAGCAUCUUUGGUUUGUGCUUAUCACAGCGACUCCUGCUGGUCAGCGUCCGGUAUUAUCUUUCAGAGGCUCCAGACAGCCCUGGGACAUUGCUCAGAUCCAAAUCAUGCCUCUGAGCUCCUUGAGCAAGCGGAAGUGUUACUGGACUUAGCAAAGGUAAACAACCCCACACUGAGCCUGCAUGUCAGGUUUGGACCUACUAUUUUUGGGCAGGACCCUCACCCUUAUGUCCAGUCUUUACAAGACUUAUACAGCCGAGUGGUCCAGCACGAUGCCUGCCCUCCUGUCCUGAAAUGCCUUUGCAGAGCAUUUUUACGGAACCACUCCAAGCCAUGGCCACUGGACAAGAGAAUCAAUGAUUUGCCAUUACCAGACAGAUUGAAAGACUUCCUUCUCCCUGAGCGCACAUAUAAGCCAAAGCCUGGUUGGGACUGCUUUAAACCCCAACAAAGCCAGCGCUGAUAAUCUGCUGUGUAUUAUGAUUUGCUGUAAAGCAUUUGUAACGUAAUACUCAAAUGGAACAAAUACUUGCAAAAAGUUGAAGCAUAUCUUGUUUUUGUGCCAAACAUUUGCCUUUUGUUGUUUACCUUUAAAUUCAAGCACCAAAAAUAUGCUAUUUAAAGUAUGUCCAAGUACUCCGAUUAGAAGCAUACAGUUGUGAUCAAAAUUAUUCAACCCCCACACAAUUUAGGUGUUUUAGCAAGUUGGACAUUUAUUCCGUAUUUUGUUUAGAGUCAUAUCAAAUAAAGAUGUGUCAAAUAGACAAAUGCAA